AUUGUUAGCAACUGGUAAAGUGAUUUAUUGUCUAUGCCAAACUUCCUUUUCCUUGUGGCAUGGUGUCGGCAUAAGGAGCCAAGAUGCAGAUUUUCGUGAAAACUCUCACGGGGAAAACCAUCACCCUCGAGGUUGAACCCUCGGACACCAUCGAAAAUGUCAAAGCCAAGAUUCAAGAUAAGGAGGGAAUCCCUCCGGACCAGCAGAGGUUGAUCUUCGCGGGCAAGCAGUUGGAGGAUGGUCGCACACUCUCCGACUACAACAUCCAGAAAGAGUCUACACUCCAUCUCGUGCUGCGGCUGCGUGGUGGUGCCAAGAAGCGCAAGAAGAAGAAUUACUCCACACCCAAGAAGAUCAAGCACAAGAAGAAGAAGGUCAAAUUAGCUGUUCUCAGGUUUUAUAAGGUGGACGAGAAUGGUAAGAUCCACCGGCUGCGUCGUGAGUGUACAGGCGAGCAGUGCGGCGCGGGCGUGUUCAUGGCCGUCAUGGAGGACCGUCACUACUGCGGCAAGUGUCACAGCACCAUGGUCUUCAAGGAUGACGACAAAUGAACCUUCCAUCCCCUCACCAACCCCCUCACUUAGCUCUAAGACAAACCCCGACUCGCUGUGUAUGAUGGAUUUGUAAUAAAUCUUGACACAGUGUCGGAUUAAA